AUGUUGGCCACCACGCUCCUCGUCCAGGCUCUGACCGUCCUCAGCACAGCUCACGGCGUCCUCAAGACUCCUCUCCCACGUACCUCCGGAACAGCACAAACCUCCCUCUGCGGCACCGCUGUAUCCAAGAAGCUCAACUCCGACCCUGCGGGCCCCAUCGAGUCUGCCAUGGCAAAGGCAGAUGUUGACUACAAAUGCAACGCUUAUUUGUGCCGAGGGUACCAGUAUGAGGAUAAUACGGCGAGGGUGCAGGGUUAUAGUGCGGGACAGGUCGUGCCAUUCUUUGUAGACUUGGUCGCAGCACAUAAGCCGGGAUGGGCUAAUGUCUCGGUCAUUGAUUUGAAGGCGAACAAGGCACUUGAUACGCCAGUCAAGUCCUGGAGCGUGUGGCCGGAUGAUGUCAGCGGUGGCGGAGACGAUGGUAAGCUUGCUCCUGUUCUUAGUUUCCUGAACUCGACAACCGGAAGUGUGGACUGA